AUGGACGGUACAAGGAGCAGCUUCAAGAUUCCCGAGCCGUUGCCGGUCCGAGUCGUGAUUUUCUACCACACCGUGGAUGCCCCUGCAGAUUUUGUGAAGGAGCUUCAGCGCUGGGUUCAACUUGCGGGAGAAGGGGAGUGCUGCGGAAAGAUCGUCCUCUGCAACACGGAGUCUGUGGCGAAGACCAUCUCUGUGUCUGCCAAGAUCGAGCUGCACAAUGCCUGCCCCCGAGGGAUGCCACGUGCGAACCCACGGGCUCUUCUUGUGGAUCAGAGCGGGAGGAUCCUGAAAGUAGAGCACGCCAAGCUCGGUGACGUGAGGUGCAGCCUGGUUGGCGAAUCUAGCACCCUCCUCGGCCGCAGCCUGAACGCCUUAGACUGA